AAACUACAAAUUAUCAAAGUGAAUCAAUUGAUGGCCGCCAAUCCUGUUUCUCAGAGUCGAUCGUUUACAAAUUUUGGAUGGCAACUUUUCAGUUUCAUCUUCGAGUUCAAGUCUCGACCUCGUCCAGCUUUCAGGUGCUAUUCUUCUCAACAAAGCAAGAACUUUUGCUUUAAUGAAGAACUGGUUGACAAUGUAGAACCCAAAUCAUCAACCAAAACCAAGAGGGCUAAAGCCAUGGCGAGGCUUAUCAACUCCAAGCCCUGGUCAAAUGACCUCGAGUCUUCACUUUCUACACUCUCUCCCUCUCUCUCUAAGACAACCGUGCUCCAAACUCUGCACCUUAUCGCAGCCCCAGCUAAAGCCCUUCAAUUCUUCAAGUGGGUACAAGAAAUGGGAUUUUCUCACAAUGAUCAAUCUUACUUCUUGAUGCUUGAAAUCUUGGGUCGCACUCGAAAUCUGAAUGCGGCCCGAAAUUUGUUGUUUUCAUUAGAAAAAAAGUCUGACGGGGUAGUUAAGCUUGAGGACCGCUUCUUUAAUAGCUUGAUUAGGAAUUACGGUCGAGCCGGGUUGUUCCAAGAGUCUUUAAAGGUUUUUGCGACAAUGAAGUCGCUUGGUGUUUCGCCUUCUGUUAUUACAUUCAAUAGUCUUUUGUCAAUUUUGCUCAAACGUGGUCGGACCAACAUGGCCAGGAAUCUGUAUGAUGAAAUGCUUAGUACAUAUGGAGUUACACCGGAUACAUACACUUUCAAUAUUUUGAUAAGAGGGUUUUGUAUGAACUCCAUGGUUGAUGAAGGUUUCCGGUUCUUCCAAGAAAUUUCCAGAUUUAAAUGUGAGCCUGAUGUUAUCACGUAUAAUACAAUUGUUGAUGGGUUGUGUAGGGCGGGGAAGGUUGACAUUGCACGAAAUGUGGUGAAGGGUAUGAGCAACAAAAGUCGAGAUUUGAACCCAAAUGUUGUAACUUAUACGACCUUGAUUAGAGGGUUUUGUAUGAAGCAAGAGAUUGAUGAUGCUUUGUCUGUUUUAGAGGAGAUGAUUAGCCGAGGGUUAAAACCGAAUAGAAUUACCUACAAUACCUUAAUAAAGGGGCUCUGUGAAGCACAAAGAUUUGAUAAGAUAAAAGAGAUUUUGGAGGGAACAGUGACACAUGGGGGAUUUACUCCUGAUACAUGUACAUUCAACACAUUGAUGCAUGCGCACUGCAAUUCAGGAAACUUGGAUGAAGCAUUGAAGGUUUUUGCGAAGAUGUCUGAGUUACAGGUCCAACCGGAUUCAGCUACAUACAGUGUUUUGAUACGCAGUUUAUGCCAACAAGGAGAUUAUGAUAGAGCAGAGAAACUUUCUGAUGAGUUAGCAGAGAAGGAAAUCUUGUUGAAUGAUGCUGGUUGUCGUCCACUUGUUGCUGCUUAUAAUCCCAUGUUUGAGUAUUUAUGUAGAAAUGGGAAAACUAGGAAGGCUGAGGGAGUUUUUAGACAACUAAUGAAAAGAGGAACUCAAGACCCUCCAUCUUUUAAGACUAUGAUCAUGGGGCACUGCAAGGAAGGGACAUUUGAAGCUGGCUAUGAACUUUUGGUAUUGAUGUUCAGAAGAGAUUUUGUGCCCGAUGCUGAGAUCUAUGAGUCCCUGAUUGAUGGUCUCUUGCAGAAGGGAAAACCUCUCCUUGCCCAGCAGACUCUAGAGAAGAUGCUAAAGAGCUCCCAUCUCCCUAGGACGUCUACAUUCCAUUCUAUACUUGCAGCACUUCUGGAAAAAGGAUUUGCCCCUGAAUCUGCUGGUUUUGUUACUCUAAUGUUGGAGAGAAAAAUUAGACAAAACAUUGAUUUCUCAACACAUGUUACAAAGCUACUUUUCGGUAGUGGUCUACGAGAUAGAGCAUUUGAGCUUUUAGGGAUGCUUUAUGAGAAUGGAUAUUCAGUUAAAAUAGAAGAAUUGGUUAGUUUCCUUUGCCAGAAAAGAAAGCUUUCAGAGGCUUGUAAACUGUUGCAAUUUAGUUUGCAGAAGCAGCAAGAUGUUGAUGUUGACUUAUUUAAUACAGUUAUCAUUGGCCUCACUGAAAUCAAAAAACUUUCAGAAGCAUUUGGUUUGUACUAUGAAUUGGUGGAAAAAGGUGUCCAUCAGCAGUUGGCCUGCUUGGAUGAUUUAAAAACCGCCUUAGAGGUUGCAGGACGAUCAGAUGAAGUUGAGUUUGUAUCCAAAAGGAUGCCGAGACCACAAAACCUUGAUGAAUCUGCUCCAAAAUAUAGAGCUGGAAAGUCGAGGCUUCAAAUACUUCUCAUCAUACCCCAAAAAAGAAAAAAAAGAAAAAAAAACACUUCCUUACUAAAACGUCCAAGAAUGUCGAAAGUUGAAGUUAAUGGAGCUGCUAAGCAAUCUCCUGAAAGAACCAGGCGCAUUCCCACACCAGGGAAAGCAACAGUUCUCGCAAUGGGCAAGGCCUUCCCUAGUCAGCUCAUUCCUCAGGAAUGCUUAGUCGAAGGCUACAUUCGAGACACAAAAUGUGUAGACAUCUCCAUCAAGGAGAAAUUGGAGCGUCUGUGCAAAACUACAACUGUGAAGACCAGGUACACAGUCAUGUCCAAGGAGAUCCUAGACAAAUACCCAGAACUGGCAACAGAGGGGUCACCAACAAUCAAACAGAGGCUUGAGAUUGCCAACCCUGCAGUUGUGGAAAUGGCCCUGGAAGCCAGUCUUGCUUGCAUCAAGGAAUGGGGAAGGCCAACUGACAAUAUCACUCAUAUCGUGUAUGUAACUUCGAGCGAGAUUCGACUGCCUGGAGGUGACCUUUAUCUCGCCAGCCAGCUCGGCUUGAGGAACGAUGUUGGCCGUGUUAUGCUCUACUUCCUGGGCUGUUAUGGCGGUGUCACCGGCCUCCGAGUGGCUAAGGACAUAGCCGAGAACAAUCCAGGAAGCCGGGUUUUGUUAACUACUUCUGAAACCACAAUACUUGGUUUUCGUCCCCCAAACAAGGCACGCCCUUAUGAUCUUGUUGGGGCUGCACUCUUUGGUGACGGAGCGGCUGCUGUGAUCAUCGGAACCAACCCGAUAAUGGGCCAAGAGUCUCCUUUCAUGGAACUCAACUAUGCUGUCCAACAGUUCUUGCCCAACACACACAAUGUGAUAGAUGGCAGGCUUUCUGAGGAAGGCAUAAAUUUCAAACUUGGGAGAGACCUCCCUCAGAAGAUUGAAGAAAACAUUGAGGAAUUCUGCAAGAAGCUCAUGGGAAAGGCCAAUCUGAAGGAGUUCAAUGAGUUAUUUUGGGCUGUUCAUCCUGGUGGACCAGCAAUUCUUAACAGGCUAGAGGCAACUCUCAAACUAAGCAGUGAGAAGUUGGAGUGCAGUAGAAGAGCACUGAUGGACUAUGGAAAUGUUAGCAGCAAUACCAUUUUCUAUGUUAUGGAGAAUAUGAGGGAGGAAUUGAAGAGAGGGGGGGAAGAAUGGGGCCUCGCUUUAGCCUUCGGACCUGGAAUCACCUUUGAAGGCAUUCUUAUUCGUAGUCUGUGAGCUUCACUAUAAGAUUGUCUAAAGCUUUUAAAUACUCUUGCAACAUCUAAAUUUGGUUCACCUUAAGGAAAUGGUACUCUUUAAAGAUCGAUUAUACAUGUUUAGGGUGACACUUUAAUUUUUUUUUUUUUUUUUUUAGUUAAUGAAGAAGGUGAUGAAGCUAAAUUCCCAAGUUGGUCUUCGAAUGUGUUUUGCGUAUCUGUCACAUGGAAAGAGAAAGAAAUUUGUCAUGACUUUAGUUUAAUUUUCAUAUCACCAUCUUUUCUUCCACCAA